AUGUCUAUCUGCAUUCUUCCAUGCGCUACGGAAAAGGCGAUUUUGCCUCGCCUUCUGGAUGAAGUCUUCAGCGAACUCGACGACGCCUUCAAUCAGUUCUACCAAAUCGAACGAAUCCCUCCUACUCCGAGAGUAAGAACAGGGAAGAAAAGUCCCAUGGGCCAAUUGUGCAAGGUUAGCGAUGAUGGAUCCAAGUUGGCGAUCUCAUUGGACGUGUCGAAAUUCAAGCCAGAUGAGUUGAAAGUGAACAUCGAUGGCCGAACCCUGACUGUUGAAGGCAAACAAGAAGUGAAGGAAGGCUCGAGUUAUACUUCAAGGUCGUUCCUUCGCCAGUGGACUGUUCCAGAAGGUGUCGACGUCGAGCAGAUGAGCCGUCUUCUACAAAUUAGGCAUUUGACGAAACGAACUUCAAAGAUGGUAGGAGUUGGAAGAGCUCACAUCGCGCACUCGUGCUAUGUAUCUUCAGCUCCUAGCCCUUACUCAACUCGUGUUCUUCUAUCUGUAUGGGAACACCAGAGUAUUCUGUCUUAA